AAGCGUUUUGCUAUCUUUUGGCCGCAACCAAAGGAAGAGGGUCCGCACCGUGCGGCAUGUCGGAAUCGGACAUGUCGGAUAUCAGCGAGGGAGCUCUGCUGGGAUCGGAGAUGAGCUUGGAGAGGAGAUUGCCAUAUCUGAAGUGGGUGCUGCUGGCUCUGCUGGGGCUGGGCGGUGUGCUGGGCCACCAAAGCCGGAGGCUACGCAUCGACACGCAGCAGGUGGUGCAGGAGUACGCCAUUCCGCCAGGGGCCGGGGUCAACCUGGGCGGUUGGCUGGUGCUAGAGGACUGGUUCUUCAGCGGCUCCAGCGGCAGCCUGGUGACGUCAAGCGGCGUGGGCCAGGGCCGAUGCCUGCCGCCCUUGGUCCACGACUUGGAGGAGCCUUGGCCCUCUGAGGGCGUCUUGGCCUUCCGGCUCAACGCCAGCAAGGGCCAGGCGGAGACGGUGAGGGUCUUCGAGGCGCACCGUAGCCACUUCUUGGCGGAGGACGAUUUGCGGAAGAUCGCGGAAAGUGGCAUCACCACAGUACGACUGCCCCUCACUUGGGCGGCCUUCGCUGACGCCUUGGCUCCUUUGAGCCCCAUCUACUCGUCUUACGACCCGGAGCACGAGAGCGCUCUGGUACCUGACCCCUUCUACCUGGACAAGGCGGCCCUGGUGACCAUCCGCCGGGACCUGGUGGCGGACUUUCUGCGCCAAGCCGCGGAGAUGGGCCUCCAGGUGGUCCUAGAUCUGCACGCCCUGCCCGGGGGUUCCCAGGACGGUACCUACAACGGGGUGUGGCCCAACAGACCGGUCUUCUGGAGCGAGCAGACGCAGCUGGGGGAGAGAACCGCGCUGUCGUUGGUGGGGCGCUGGGUGGCGCAGAAGAUGAUCGCCUGGGUGGAGGGACUUGACCCCUUGGCCAAGCAGGGGGUGGCCGGCUUGACGCUCAUGAACGAGCCCGCCCAUAUGAACGCCUGGAAGGACUUUGCAAAGGAGCAGGACGUGUUGUCCUGGUUGGCUGACACGGCCGACGACUUCAGGCGUUCCAGCCUGCCGGGGCAGGUUAAGCUGUACGUAAACCUCAUUGAGACAGCCUUCUCCCAGUUCGAGCACUCAGCAGUGCCAUGGUUCCUGACAACAUUUACCCACGAGGAGCGCCUGACUUGGGCGGUGGCCGACGUCCACUGGUAUGUCGCCUGGAGCAACGGGGACUGCGACGGCCGCACCGUGCAGGGCGGAGGCUUCAGCUGCUCAGCGCCCCUCCCGGAAGUCCAGGCCAAGCUGCAUGACUGCGCCUCCAGCGCAGCAUCGCGGCUGCGGAAGCUCUUUGAAGAUGCCCAGGUCGCGGUGACAGAGUUCUCCGCGGGCACCUUCCAUGAAGCGAGGUACGCUUGCCACAACACCCAGCUGCUCCGAGCAUUUCUGGAGGAGGAGCUGAAGGCUUUCCAAUCCGACCAGAUCCAGCCUUUCUUCUGGACCUGGAAGAUGCCCUUCGGGCCCAACUUCGAGGCUGGCUGGAGUUUGAAGUACCUCCUGGGCUUGGAAGACGCCGAGCUCAGGAAGGAGUGCGACCUGAAAGACCUCAAAGUCCAGUUUUGAGCGCCCGCAGGGGUCAGAGCCGAGACGUCUCGAUUUCGGAUUCCCGCGACUCGCGGCGCUUCACGCGCCGAAACCGAGCGAUUUGCUCGAUUUCGCCUGUCCCUUUGAACUUUGCCUCCCAUCAAUCCGGACGUUCAGGU